AAUGCCCGUUCCUCAAGGCUACCAACAACAACAAGUUUCACAACAACGCCAAGGCUUCUCGUGCUUUGACAAAUUGAAAAUGGGCUUUUUAAUGGGGUGUAUGAUAGGUGGUUCUACUGGCGUUAUUAUUGGGACUUUUACAACUUUGAGGGCCGGUCUACGCGGCAGAGAAGCUUUUAGACAAAUUGGCAAAGUGGCAGCCCAAAUGGGUGGAUCUUUUGGUGUUUUUAUGACUGUUGCGCAAGGGAUUAGAUGCUAA